AGUAAUUUAUGGGUAAUACAAACAUUAGACUAAAUUGCUAGUGUCCACCGGGGCGCUAAAAACUUGCUAAUUCACCUGAAAAAUAGAGUGGCUUAAGCUAACAUAAAAACGUUUGCUAAAUUCACGGAGUGCAGCUUCCAGUGCGCUCGUUUAAUUGUAGUUAACUGGCUACGCAUUAAAAACAGACUUUUAAACGAACUCCCAGAGCUGUAGCUAUAUUUUGGAAGAAAUUUACAAUGGACAGUAUGUUACUUAGCUAAUGUGGUCGGUGUUAGCUUUAGUAAAAAAGUGCAUUGCUUUGUUAAAGUCAGCUGACAGCCUUCUGCUGCCAACAGCCCAGCGAUGGAUCAACUGAAAGUAAAGGAUCGGAUACUGGAAAACAUUUCCUUUUCUGUCAAGAAGUUGCAGAGUUACUUUGCAGCCUGUGAGGAUGAAACUCCAGCCAUCCGGAAUCACGAUCGCGUCCUUCAGCGUCUGUGUGAACACCUUGACCAUGCUCUGCUGUAUGGGCUGCAGGACAUCUCAUCAGGCUACUGGGUCCUCGUUGUUCACUUCACCAGGAGAGAGGCUGUACGGCAGAUAGAUGAGCUUGAGCACAUAGCAACCAACCUCGGUCGAAGCCGUGCAUGGUUAUACCUGGCUCUGAGUGAGAGUUCUUUAGAGAGCUACCUGCGUCUCUUCCAGGAGAACCAAGGAUUGUUGCAGAAGUAUUAUUUCAAAAAAGCGUUGGUUUGCAGUCAUGACCACCUCACACUCUUUCUCACGCUGGUGUCUGGCCUGGAGUUCAUUCGCUUUGACCUGGAGCUGGAUGUGCCCUACCUCGAUGUGGCUCCGUACAUGCCUGAAUACUACAAACCACAGAACCUACUGGACUUUGAAGAAAGACUUCCCAGCUCAGACAGUCUGUCUCUGCACUCCUUCACCUCCAUCACAUCCACUAACCUGGAGUGGGACGACAGCGCCAUAGCUCCCUCCAGUGAAGAUUAUGAUUUUGGUGACAUAUUCCCCGUGUUGCAGUCAUUGCCAAAUGCAGACUGGGAAGAGGGUGAGUUGACCGAUCAGGCCAGCUGCCCAAGGUCCACUGGAUCUGACCCCCAGACGGUCAUCAGUGACACAGUGAAGGGGAUAGUAGCCGCUCGGCAGUCUCCACACAGCCCCACAGCCAGACAUAACCCCUUCAACGAGGACUCUGACACAAAUACCUCUGCAGACGUCACACCGGUUCACACCAGGCACCACAAGACGUCCACCACUGGAGACGAGGCAGAGAUCGACAGCAGUGAGCUUGAAGUUAUUCGGAUGGCCAAACGGAGGAAACCUUCCAAAAAGCAACGGGGGAGGGGUUCCACAGAUUCCACCUGCAGCAACCAUAACUCGGUCUCCUCUGAACACGCAGAAGUGGAAAAUGGCACCCUCACCUCUGAGGAUGCUGAUUCACUAACUUCCACAAUAGUGCGGCUGGAUAGUGAAGGAGAGCUGGGCAGAAGCAGGGUUGGAUCAGUGAUAGUGGAGGAGGAAGGUGAGGAAGGUGUAGAAGGCCUCCUGCGUCUGCCAGAAAUGACGGACACGUCCAUGGAUAGCGUUGGCCAGCCGCUCCGUGAUGUCAUGGACCGACUCAGUGGCUCUUGGGCGCACCCAGAGGAGGAAGCUAAAAGUGGUCCAGGCUGUGAGCAGAGCUCUGAGCCUCCAGCACAGCAGCCCUUUCGAGAAGACUCGGAAGGAAAACCACCUGACCCAGCUCCAGGAGAGAUGCCUGGCUCCUCUCAGGUCACAGGCUCCAACUACCUGCAGGAGUCUUCUCUGUCUGCAGACUUGUGCUGUUUUACCCCCAACGGUCCAGACCCUGCUGACUCAGGUGGUGGCCACCAUGACUCUACAGAGCAAAGUCAGUCAAAGGCUCUUUCAGGUCGCCUUGAAGAUGAAGAAGAGGCAGAAUCGCCAGCCGGACGGAAACCCCAAAUGAAUGAAGAGGAGGAAGGUCCAACGGCCGAAACCAAUUCAGCUGAGGAAGCAGAAGAGGAGCAUAGUCCUUCUGAAGUCUCUCAUCCAGCAGAGUUCAAGGUGGACAACAAUCACUUACUUCUUCUGAUGAUUCAUGUGUUCAGAGAGAACGAGGAGCAGCUUUUCAAGAUGUUGAGGAUGAGUACAGGUCACAUGGAGGGUGACCUGCAGCCUCUUUAUCUGCUGCUGACUGACUGUUACAUCUACUUACUCAGAAAGGGAGCAGCUGAAAAGCCCUACACAGUUGAUGAUGCUGUAUCUUACAAUGAGCUGGACUACCUUUCUGUGGGCCUUGAUCAGCAAACGGUGACACUGGUUUGCACCAACAGACGAAGAAAGUUCCUGCUGGACACCGCUGAUGCCUCGCUGACUUUCUGGUUCCUGUCAGUUCUGAAGUCAGCCAUGGUUCAGGGUUGCCGUGAGCCUCCUUAUCCCUCUAUUCUAACAGAUGCCACCAUGGAAAAGCUGGCUUUAACCAAGUUUGUCUCCCUGGAGUGUCAUUGUGAGGUGUCUGAAGUGUCUAUUCAUCUCUAUUCACUGGUCCACUGGGAGGACCCCAUGGACAUGACACUGUCUCCACAAAGUGGUACUCCAACCUCUGGAUCGACCUUCAGCACUAAAGAAGGGACUGUAAUGUACAGGUCUGGAACUACAUACCUGGGUAAAGAGGUGUGGAAAAGCUGCUAUCUUGUUCUCAGUAAUGGGAUUCUAUUCCUGUACUCCGAGAGAACAGAUGCAACGCCGCUGCUGUCGAUCACCAUGGGAGGAGAGCACUGCGGAGGUUGUCGUCGCUCAAACAACACAGAUCAUCCGCACGCCUUCCAAGUCAUCCUAACAGAGCGCCCCCCGCUGGUGCUCAGUGCAAACAACGAGGAGGACAUGGCUGACUGGAUGCAGCUCCUCUGUCAGUCUGUUUCUAAAGGGGUCAUUCCCCAGGGCGUGGCCCCCACCCUGUGUAUCCCUUGUUGCCUGGUGAUGACAGACAGGAAGCUGCUAACUUGCCAUCAGGACUGUCAGACGAGCUUUUUUCGCUCUCUUGGCAGUGCCGAUAUCUGUGAUGUCAUCUGUGUGAGCCUGGAGACAGAAAAGGAGUACUGUGUUAUUGAGUUUGCAGCAGAUUCGGCCCAGUUCCUCCCUCCGUGGGUUUUAUAUUUCAGCGGUCAUGAAGAGAGAGAUCGGCUGCUGCAGGAGUUAAAUAGUACAUGGAAAUCUAUUUUCCAGGCCAACCUGCCUCACAGAGAAAUGCGCGACCCGUUGGUUCGGAAGCGCUGCAGCGAAGCCCUGGAGCUGAUGAAGAGCGCCUGGCAGAGGGCAGACAGUCUGGCUCGAGGCAGAGCCCAGCGUGAGCCGUGGUGCUGACGGACACACACACACCCUCAUGUGCAGUUAUCCGUGUGUGUUUGUAGUCACUCGGUCUCGUUCAGAUGGAGUCACUGUGCUAGCUCAAAUGUAGAGAGGAGCUUUUAAUAAAACUCUUUUCUUUUAUUUGAAGACAAAUAUCAACCUGACGUAGGUGUUGAAGUGCAUGCAGCUAGUGAGUCACCGAACUCCAGCCGAGUGAUGGAAUAUUUCAUCUGAACAUGACAAGACUUUAUUACGGAUUAUUUUAAAAUAAAGGCACAUAGAAUUUAACUGGUGGUUUAUCAUCACAAGACUCCAACUUUUGACUUUUCAAGUCCGAACCGAUGGUCCGAACAUAUGAAGCUGCAUUAUUUAUUUAAGAGUUUGACUUGGAAGCAUGACAAAAAUCAGCAAUCUGGAGGAAAAAUGUUUGUUUAAAUGCUUUCUGGAUACAUUCAUUCUUUUUAAAAUCUUAUUUACAGUUAAACGGAGUAAUAGUCACUGCUGGUGCAGAAGUGUGUGGAGGUUAAGGGUUUUAUGCUGACUCGACCCCUAACCCUCCUAAUAAACCUUAACUGUGGUGUAGAUUUAGUGCAGAAGCACAACACUGUACAGGUCAGCGCUUCGUCACCAAUGACUGUGUCUGAGAUUCAAAUUUCAAAUAUUCACACACACACACACACACACACACACACACACACACACACACACACACACACACACAUUGUACAGCGUCACGCGGAUCUGAAUGUUUUUUACUUCUCAGACAAACACACCUGUAACGAUGUUUUAUCACAACUCAAACCAGAACAUCCAACAUGUUAGCCUUUUCUUACCUUUACAAAAACAAAUGGAGGUUUCCAUUCAGUCUUGCACUUUUGUUUUCUCCUCUCGUGGCACCAGUUGUGGUUUUUGAGAUGAAAUGUUUUAUUUUGAUUUUUAAAAUUUUUUAAUUUUUUUUAUUUCCAUACAGAAAAAAGUGGGAACAGAUAUCGGUAAAACAUUCGGUCUAGCAGUGGAACGAACCCGUGCCCUGUACAUCGUACUGUACAAACCGUUUAGUCACUCCUUUCAACUGUAACGUCCAGCUGAGUAUUAGAGGUUUGGGACUUCCUGCUUUAGGUCAGUUUUACUGCUACAUUGUAUGCAAAACUGCAAGACCUGAAGCUUGACAUGAAUUAUUUUUACGUCUCUCCACACAUUGACGUUAAAUAGUAAAACACAUAAGACAAUCUGUCUUUAAUAACCUGAGUUGAAGCCUGACUCAGUUCAGUAAAAUGUGAUUAUGAAGGUUUCUUUUGUAAUUUCAAUUUUGCCUUUCUGGUUGUUUCUUAAAACUGAUCCAAACAGUUGAAGAGAGGCCUUAUACAGUACAGUUUAACUACACUGAAGCUCUUUUACGUCUUUGUUUGUGAUGUAGUUACACACGUGCUGAAUGGAAAGCUGGGUGGGAAAUUUUAAUACUCUAAGCAAAAAUAACAAGAAUUUCCACCAGAUUUUGCAUCCAGAAAUGCUUUUUUUGUUGUUGAAACUUUUAAUAUUUGAAUAUGCACUAUAAAAAAUGUCACUCAGAUGUACGUGCAUCUGUACAGUCCCACUGUGUUGGUCAUGUCAGCAUUAAUCAGGAUUUGAAGCCUUUCUAAGUGCUGCUCGGUUUCACUAAUCUGUCUCUUUUACAGCGAAUCUCAGGUGAAAAAAGUCCCGAAACCUUAGAAGUCACCGUGAGUUUUUGUUGCUUCAGCUGUUUUUUCUGCACAGCGUUUCUUUCGUUAUGGUUGGGUUAUUGCGAUGCUCUGCGGGAUGUUACAAAGUUAUUUUGCACACAGACGGGAGCAGAGCCAUGGCUGCAGGAGGAACAGGUUUUAUGAUUGUUGUGACUCGGUUCUACAGUGGCAAAUGUUUAUACCUGAAGGACGCGAGAGGUUUACAUUAGAGUUGUUGGACUUACUUGAACUGUAAUGUUGGUUUAUUGAUAAAAAAAACUCAGUUGUGCCUCAGAAUUGUUUGUAAAUGUGAGAAAUUGCUGGCCGAUGAUGGACGAUAUCUUAGAAAGUAAUGCAUUGGCACAAAGUUUCAGCAUUUUUUUUACACAUGUAAAUUGCAUGUAAUAUUUGUAAUAUAUUUAGUGGUUUUAUUCAAAUAUAAAUAAAGCACUAAUAAGAAUAACAGUCAGCUAAAUCCAUCAUAAACACAUGCGUGUUCAGAAGGUUUUAUAUUCAUUAUUGAAAUGAAUGUACAAAUAAAGUUUUGGAUCUUGACAGUAUAUCUUAAUAAAGUGUAAAAUAAAAUAA